AGUGACGGCAUGAGUUCUUUCUUUGGUUUCAUACGGAAUUUGUUUUUCAAGAUGUUGCAAUUAGUUUGGUUUAGUAAUCAAAAGAUAAAAAAUUCUUUGAAUAUAUAUGUGAAAACUAAUACUGGAAAUACAUUUGCCGUUGAUUUGGAUCCGAAAUGGGAUAUAAGAAACGUAAAAGAGAUAGUGGCUUCUCAAAUGGGAAUAUUACCUGAACACAUAAAAAUAAUAUUUGCAGGAAAGGAAUUGCAUAAUUCAACGAUAAUAGAAGAAUGUGAUUUGGGUCAACAAAGUAUAUUACAUGCUGUUCGAACUCCACCUCAAAAGUUUAAUAAAAGUAAAGAUACAAGUACUAUCGAUGAAUCUAUAGAAAUAUCUGAAUUAAAUGGUAGUGGUGGAAAGCCAAUGAAUGAAACUCUUAUCGAUUUACCUUUGGAUGAAUCAGAUCCACAAGAGAAUUCAUCCAUGGAAGAGAAACAAGAAAAUCGUGCACAUUUCUUUGUGUACUGUUCAGCACCAUGUAAAGCUGUAACAGUUGGAAAAUUAAGAGUAAGAUGUGCAACUUGCAAUAGUGGGGCAGUUACAGUAGAUAGAGAUCCUCAAUGUUGGCCAGAUGUAUUACAGCCAAGAAGAAUAACAAUUCAUUGUGAGAAUGAUUCAUGUCCGAUAUCUACAUCUAUUUCUAAUGAAGAUACUGAAUCUCAAGUUUUAUAUGCACAUUUUUAUUUCAAAUGUGGAAAGCAUGCUAGUUUAGGGGAAAAGGAUGAAGCAGUUCCAUUAUAUCUUAUAAAACCAAACUUGGGAAAAAUACCUUGCCUUGCUUGUACAGAUGUUAGAGGCAUGGUGUUGGUUUUCCCAUGUGAAGCUGGUCAUGUGACUUGUCUUGAUUGCUUUAAAGACUAUUGUUCAGUUCGUUUAAGAGAACGUCAGUUUCAGUUUGAUGAAACUAGAGGAUAUUAUACUCUUCCAUGUCCAGCAGGAUGUGCAAAUUCUUUUAUUCCAGAAAUACAUCAUUUUCAUCUUCUUUCUCCAGCACAGUACGAGCAAUAUCAAAGAUUUAGUACAGAAGAAUAUGUUUUACGUGCUGGUGGUAUUUUAUGCCCAAGACCAGAUUGUGGUAUGGGUAUUAUACCAGAAUCUCCAGAUAAUGGUACUGAUGAAUGUAGAAAAAUCCAAUGUUUUGGUGGUUGUGGGUAUGUUUUUUGUAGACGAUGUUUACAAGGCUAUCAUUUAGGAGACUGUGAGUUGCAACCAUCUGAAUCUUCUAAUACAAUCUAUAAAUCUGGUUAUUCAGUUGAUCCACAGAAAGCUAAUGAUGCAAAAUGGGAUGAAGCCAGUAAUAAAACUAUAAAAAUUUUAACAAAACCAUGUCCAAAAUGUAGAACUCCAACUGAAAGAGAUGGAGGUUGCAUGCACAUGGUUUGUACUAGAGCAGGAUGUGAUUAUCAUUGGUGUUGGGUAUGUCAAUCACAAUGGACAAGAGAUUGUAUGGGUAAUCAUUGGUUUGGAUAA